CGUAAUAAUUGUUCAACUUAGAGGCGUCUAGGGUUUGGUUUUCAUCUUCCUGUUUUCGUCGUUGUUCGGCUUCGUUCCUUCGCAGGUGUAGAGACUGCACGAGUCGCGUCUCUGUUCGAGUUCGCUCCUUCGACGACGUUCCCUUCCCGUCGGAUCAGAAGUUACAACAUUUUGAUGGGAAACAACGACGGGAGCUCGCUCGCUGUGAAGAUGGGCAGAAGAAAGAAGGAUGGAUCAAACUUGAAAGCGGGGAUAUGUAAAGGUGCUACCUUGCGCGAGGAGAACUUAGGGAAGAAGGAGGUAGAUGUGAGUUCCAUUUUGAAGAUAAAGCAUCUGCAAAAAUUGGCAGCUUGGGCUGGUGGAGAAGGCGGAAUUCCUCCUCUUGGUGCUUUUUUUGGGUACCAUUUGGCAGCUAAAGCAGAGGUAGCAGGGGUUCCACUGGAUAAAUCAUCUUUCUUUUGUCAAAG